UUGAAGAUAUCUGCACGAUCUUUGUCAUCCUUUAGCAUCGUUUUAUCCAUUUUCUUUGUGGCGUUUUUGCACUUCGGUGUCUUGAUGUUUGGCUGUGUAUCUGAGAGAUACUCUUCGGUGCUAAAAGGAGCCUAUUUCCAACUCGAGGUAACUCUUGGUCGAGUGAAAGCUAGACCAAUCAAUGAAUUAGCACAGGCUAAUACCAUAUACGCCAAAAUAUUCGCCUUCUUAAUUCUCUUCACGCUCACUAUUCUCUGUAUGAACAUCUUUAUCGGCAUAAUCAACGAUGCUCUUUUGGAUGCUAAGAACCAUGUGAGCGAAAAUGAGCUGUAUGAUCUUAUCGAUGAGAACCUUUGCUCGAGCUCAAAAGAAAGAGAAGAGUUUUUCGAUGCAAUCAGUAACAAGUUGAAACAGUCGAGAACCUCUAAAACGUCAGCAGAAGUGAAGGACAAAGAAUCUGGAAACAUUGGCCUUGACCCCACGAACAAUGCCAAUCUUAACUUUGAUUUAAUAAGCCAAGCUAUCAUAGCUUGGAGUAAAAAAAGAUCCAGAGAAACAAUAGAUAAACAGCAAUGCAGUACAAGGAGACAAGCAUUGUUCGACAGGAUAAGCAACACGUUAAAAUCUCUGAAAGGUCAAAGCAAUGACGACUGCAGCAAACGUAGAGAAAAAAAGAAAGUAAGAUUUCAAGAGGAUAUCGUCGAGUCUUCCCUCCGUAAAUUACGUAAGAGAGAACAUGACCUGUUACAGCGGCUGGAGAGUAUUGUUUCAGGGUUCACAGCAGAAGACGAAGAAUUCGAUUAUUUAUUAAUAACAGCAGAGGUCUAUCUCUACUAA